AUGGCAAGUGCGUUCGAUGACGUCACUCGCCAGUUUCUGAAGCGCAACUAUGACGUGUUUGACCGUGACAAAAUUGGGCGUGUGCCUUUAGCGGACCUUAUCACUCUCCUUCAGAUAUGUGGAGCCACACCCUCUCAGUCUGACGUAGAGUCCUGGAAGAUAGAGGCGGAUCCUGAUGGACGUGGGUCCAUGAACUUCGAUGGCUUUUGCCGUGUGAUGAUGAUAGCUUUUCAAAACAUGAAAACUGCGAAAGAUCUUAAGAAUGCGUUUCAAGGAAUUGAUCCUGAUGGCAAAGGGUUCUUGUCGCAACAUGAGCUACGCUAUUAUCUGACGAGGUAUGGUGACUGCUUGAGCACAGAAGAAAUGAACGAGUUCGUUGAGGAGAUGCGGUCUGAGAUGGACAUGGAAGGCAACUUUGUUUACUCAGACUUGGUUUACAAGAUGAUACACGAAAUGUUUCAUUGA